AUGCCUCCAAUCCGCCUCGCAACAGCGUCCCCAGCAACAGCAGCAACAACAUCCCAAACCCUCUCCGACAUCUCCACCCUCGCGUCCCGCGCAUCCUCCUCCGGCGCAGACCUCCUCCUCCUCCCCGAAGCCUACCUGGGCGCAGGCUACCCCCGCGGCGCCUCCUUCGGCUCCAAAAUCGGCUCCCGCGCCCCCGAGGGCCGCGACGAGUUCCUCGCCUACUUCAACGCCGCCGUCGACCUCGGCGACACCGUCGGCGACGCGGGCGCCGGCGGCGGCGACAAGUGGGUCAAGAAACAGCUCCCCGCGCAGCACGCCGCCGGUGCCAAGGUCGAGAGGGGCGACGGCUCGAGGGAGGAGCUGGAGAAGAUUGCCGCGCAGACGGGCGUUUUUUUGGUCGUCGGGUGCAUUGAGCGCGCCGGCGGGAGCUUGUACUGCUCCGUCGUCUACGUCUGUCCCAAGCUGGGUAUGAUUGGGAAGAGACGCAAAGUGAUGCCCACCGCAACAGAACGCCUCAUCUGGGCCCAAGGCUCCCCCGCGACCCUCCGCGCCGUCUCCACCACAAUCAAGGGCGUCCGCAUCAACCUCGCCGCCGCAAUCUGCUGGGAGAGCUACAUGCCCCUCCUCCGCCAGUCCCUCUACGCCCAAAACAUCAACCUCUACCUCGCCCCCACCGCAGACGGCCGCGACACCUGGCUUCCCCUCAUGCGCACCGUCGCCUGCGAGGGCCGCUGCUUCGUCGUCUCGUCCAAUAUGGCCGCCAGGCCCCUUACCACCACCUCGUCAUCAGCAGCAACGACCACGACGACGGCGGCGGCGGCGGCAUCAGACAACGACAGCGGCAUCGAAGACGCCCCAGACGCCCAAAUCUACCCCACUCGCGCCCGCCGCAACUCGUGCCUCACAGAAGACGGCAACGAGAUCGCCCUUCCCGGCGCCAGCAACGGCACCAGCACAAACGGCACAAACAAGACAACAACAAAGGCCACGACCUCGACGAAACCGGCCCUCGAAUCCAAAGACUGGGUCUCCCGCGGCGGGUCCUCCAUCGUCGGCCCCUUUGGCGACGUCCUCGCCGGGCCGCAGUGGGAGGACGACGAGGGCAUCAUCUACGCCGACGUCGACUUUGAAGACUGCAUUCGCGGACGCUUGGACAUUGACGUCGGGGGAAGCUACUCGCGCAACGACUCCUUCAAGUUUUCCGUCGAGGGCCUGGACCUGGAUCCCCUGCCGUAUUAA